AUGUGCUCCCGAUACAUCAGCUUCGUCACUUCGACCGCGAACAAGACCCUUGCAGAUUAUUUGAUUCUGUUCCACCGAUGUGCGAUCGCAGAUGUGUGGCUUGUCCUAAUAUACGCAAUCCACGUCUUUUCCAGCGUGUCGCUCAUGGUCAACAACUACGACGAGGCCACCUUCCUUGAGGUGAUUCUGGUGGUUUUGGGGGUCUCCGUGGUCUUCUUGUGGCUGUGCGAUGCGGCGCUGGUGACUCGCUUGCGCAGCCGCGUGCGCGAGGCCUCCUCCAGCGGCGUCGUGAGCCCAGAGAAGGUGGAAGGUGUCAUCAACAUGAAGCGCCUUUGCGUUGCCGUGUCUGGCUUGGGCAUUACCGUCUAUGCUUUACGAUUCUGUGUGCAGCUGUGGAAGGCAAACGAGUCACUCAACACUGUCAACAGUUGCUUGCUGGCGGUGCUGCUCUUGACGAAGGUGCUUCGGCUGCUGGCCCUGAACUCUUUCAGCGAUUGGCUGAGGGCCACCGGCCAAGCCACAAGCGCCAGGCAGAUUGAAGCCCUCCGCACUCCCCUGGAGCGUUAA